CACUCUGAACACGUUGAAAGAUCGCAAAUGUGACAACGUUCUCUCGAGACGAUGUAUCUUGUUCAUGAUUGUAACUAGAAUGCCGUUUUGUAUCGUCACAAUUUCUAUCGGCGAUUCGUAGAUCACAGCCGAAUUUGAGAUUCUUUUAACGAGAAGGCAUCUCAUUAUUUCUCGGAAUAAUGUUGCCUUCCGCAAUGUUAAAUAUUACGAGCAGGAGGAUUUCUACGUCAGUCCCUGUGAAUCAUAUAAUUAAAUUAAGUCGAUUGAGAGUGGUAGAUAAUAGCGAAAUAGGAAAGAAAGCUAUGAUGGAGGGUAAACCACCACGAUGCAUACACGUCUAUAACAAAGUUGGAAUUGGAUAUAUCGGAGAUAGAGUUUUAGUCGCCAUAAGAGGCGAGAAGAAAAAGGGUAUAUUAGUUGGAUUAAAGCAGACUCAGGCAGCUAAAGUUCCUAAAUUCGACAGUAACAACUUGGUGCUCAUCGAUGACAAUGGAACACCCUUAGGUACAAGAAUACAAGUACCCAUUCCACAUAUACUCAGAACGAAAAUGAAGGAGAAAACUCAUAGCAAAGGAGCAGAUUAUACCAAAUUGAUAGCAGUUGCAUCCAGAUUUGUAUAAUGUAUAUUGUUUACCAUUGUAAUGUAUAUGUAUCGCUUGAUUUAAUAAAAAAUGUU